GUAGACAUGGACUCUUCGAUUAUCCAUCGAUCGAUUCUGGAAUAGAAAUCGAGUAAUCGAAGAUUCGUGAGAGCGAUCUCGAGCGAAACUUCCAGCAUCUUCGACUGGACGCCAUGAGCAAGUAGCGAACCGUUCCCCCCGAAUUCUGGACUUUAAACUUCUUUGAACCCUCUCAAAACCCCCGGUUAACCGAAUUCUUCCUAAUUCUCUCGAAUGUUUCUUUCGGUGACCAGGAUUCUCAUGAAAUUCUCGGCAGAAGUCUCGAAAAUAUCGGAAUUCUUCGGGUUGCGAUCGAAGAGCGCUGUUCUGGACGCGCCGAGUUCCCGAUUGAUUUUGCUCGGCCGUUCGACUUUGCGGAAAUGUCCUUUAUGGAUUUCUGUGGACCGGAAGUGUCGAAUUAUAGCGAUGUUCUUUUCAAUUUUAUAAACUGUCGUGGGUAUCGUAUUGGGACUAUAAUGGAAAGACAAGUCGAAAUCUGCAAGGCCGAGCGGUCUCUCUCCAUGGUCCGUGCUCCGCCAUGACUGUAAAUCGCGCGCCACUCCUGGCCGACGAAUUCGGAUAAAUUCUUGUUUUUUGGAUGUUGAAGAAGACCAACAUACCGAGAAAGGACGCUUCAAGGUACCGAGAAUAUUCGGGAGGAAGGUAAAAUUUGAAAACCACGCACAUGAGCGUCGACAACGACGUAACGUCCAUUGUAGGAGUGUAUCGGGAUUUAUCGCGAAGGUGAGAUUUAAAGGAUCUACAGAUAGACGAGCGGCAAAGCGACGGUUUGGUCGUCGGACGGAAGUGGCACGCAGAGCAUCAAGGCACGAAACAUGAAAAUAUCCAAGACGAAAAUGGACCACCCCAGCACCUCGGAGAUGGUAAAUGACGCCAUAAAGGAGUUGAAUCAGCGUGGUGGCUCAUCGCUGCAGGCGAUCAAGAAGUACAUCGGGGAUGUCUAUUAUCUGGACACCGAUAAAUAUGCGCCAUUCAUUAAGAGAUAUUUGAAGACUGCGGUGGCUUCAGGGGUGCUAGUUCAGACCAAGGGUAUAGGUGCCACGGGAUCCUUUAGGUUGUCGAACAAACCAGAGGGUGACAAGAUGGUUAUUGCCAGUAAGUCAUCGAAGAGAUCCGUAUCUGUAACUAGGAAACCAGAUUUGCCGAAGAAGGCGGCCGAGAAGUCUCUGAAGGAAACUGAUAGGGUAGCUGUGAACGAAAAGCGUAAAAUGGUUAAGAGUCCAGCUGCAAAGCCCCCGAAACCGAAAACCGUUGCAACAAAGGCCAAAGUUGUCAAGACCUCCCCGAAGAAAAUCAAAGAGGCACCUAAAUCUAAACCUAAGAAAGUUGCCACCAAGUCGAAAAAAGUUUUACCUAAGGUAACCACUGCUAAGAGGAAGUGAGGUUAUGCGUGGAUUUCUUGAAAAGAGAGAAAUGUGUUCCUUCUUGGGAUCUGAGCUUCUUUGAGAAUGCUCGAGAUAGGUCAACUGUGAUUCUAAUGCAGCUGGUACCGAGCAUUCACCUUGUAGAUUUCGGCCCUUUUCAGGGAUACUAUGGUGUCUUGUAAAGAAUGAUUCUGUACUAACAAAUUUUGGACAAUUUUGUACUGUACCUACGCAUUGUUUUUUAUAAAUUUGACGUAGUGAUUUAGUGAUUGUUUUCAUUGAUCUAAUUGUCAUGCCAUGAAAAAUGUUAAAAAAAUUCAAUCUAUGAAUGACUCCUUGCUAAGAGAAUUUUGAAAAAAAUCCUUAAAAUCAUCGAUCUUUGAUCAGCCUACAUGUAAUUCUAAGAGUUCUUAUGUCAUGUACAUAUAUGAUGAUAGAAAGGACAAUAAACUUUGAGCUUGUGUUGAUCUAA